AUGGAUUUCAAUGCAGACGAUGCUAUAGCGGAAGAUGAUGAAAUUUCCACAGAUAAUGCUGCAACCAGAGGUGCGGAUACUAUUGAUGAUGCUCCUAGUUAUUGUCAGGCAUUUGGAUAUAAGCUAGCAGAGCCAAUGGACCAACACAAACUUGAUUUUAUCAAAGGAGAACUUAACAGACUAGCUGGAAAAACUGGUAAGUUGAUCAAUGGAAAAUACUUGUAUGUACUUCCAGCUACACGUUACUAUAUUGGUGGUUCUGACUUCUUCGUCGAGGGUCAAUGGAUAUGGUCAACAUCUCAGACCGGUAUUCUUGCUCACAACUGGGAACCAAGUGAACCAAAUAAUAUCGGCCCUGGAGAGGACUGUCUCACUGUCAAUCAUGAUGGACUUUGGAAUGAUGUCCCUUGUGAUACAGCGGUUCCAUUUAUUUGUGAGGCUGAAAACCUCGAUACAAGUGUUAUUGGGUGAUGUGUGAGGGAGCA